UUUACUGUCAUGAAAAUGACGUUUUUUUUUAAAAAUUUUAUGUGAAAAUUGUAGGGGAUUUCCUUAAAUUUUCAAUAAUAUCUCGCUAAUCUGUUUCUUUUAUUAGAAUAUUGUGACGUUGAAGGAGAACCAUUGAGUAAUUCUUUUCUCUGCAAGUUGGGUUGUGGCUUGUGGGUGUUCUGUCCCUUCUAUUUGGUCAUGGAGUAGGACUUCCACUUUUGAAUAGUUGGUCUUGAAACAAUGAGAACAAGAAGAGGAAAGCGCUCUGAGGCAUUUUGGCCCUCAAUUGUGAUGAAAAAAUGGUUAAAUAUAAAACCCAAGGUUUCUGAUUUUAGUGAAGAUGAGAUUGAUCCAGAAACUGAAAGCGAGGAUGAUGCUUGCUCUAUUAAAGAUGCAAAAGUGCAUAUGGGUGAGGAUCAUGGCCAUAAGAUACAGGGGAACCAUGCUACAUACCGAGCUCAAAAUUCAGAAGCACCUUCUAAAGGCUAUCAGGUGAGGCACAGGAGAGGAAAAUCAGAAACUCUGCGUGCCCAGUAUAUAAAUACUAAGGAUGUGAGAGUAACAAUAGGCACUUGGAAUGUUGCUGGAGUGCUUCCACAUGAAGAUCUUGAGAUUGAUGAUUGGCUUUGUACAAAAGAACCAUCUGAUAUGUACAUCAUUGGGUUUCAAGAGGUCGUUCCUUUGAAUGCUGGAAAUGUAUUUGGAGCGGAGGACAACAGGCCUAUUCUGAAAUGGGAGGCAAUUAUUCGACGAACUCUCAACAAAUCUUUACAACCAGAAAGCAAACACAAAUGUUUCAGUGCCCCACCCUCUCCAGUGUUAAGGACUUCCUCUGUUGCUGAUGCACUUGAAGAUGAGGUUGAUCCUCUGUCAUUAGAGAUUCUGAGUGAGAACUAUAUGGAAACUUCUUAUGGUGGUGAUUCGGCGACACAAGGAUUAAAUGAAGCAGUUGGUAUUGGAGAAAAUUUUCUCUUGAAAAGAAUGUUUGGAAUUGAAUGUGAUAGCAGAUUAGACUGGCCUGAACUACCAUUGGAUGCAACCCCUCCAGUUACCUCUUCCAAUUUCAAAAUGCGGAGAGUAUUAAGUAGUAAUGCAAGAAUGGGCUUGAGUUGGGCAGAAAAUUCUCUAAUAUUUAGCCCCCAAAAUGUUUCGUUGAAUGCCAGUCGAUUGAAAAGAUCACAUCACAGCUCUGGAGAUCUGCGCUCAAUGUGGACAGAGCAGCAAGAGAGGCCCGAAGUCCUCAAUUCUCAGCCUGAAGUUCUCGAUUCUCUCUCUGAUGUGUCUGAUGAUAUAUCUGAAGGGGAGGAUGAUCGUUUUGAAAUUCCAAAGGAACAAUAUGACAGUGAAGAUAUUAGAACUAGGGUGAAGUCACGUCCUAAAUAUGUGCGAAUUGUUAGCAAGCAGAUGGUAGGAAUAUACCUAUCAAUUUGGGUGCGCAAAAGGUUAAGGAGACAUAUAAACAAUGUGAAAGUCUCUCCAGUUGGAGUUGGUCUCAUGGGCUACAUGGGAAACAAGGGAUCUGUUUCUGUUAGCAUGACUCUUUUCCAGUCAAGGUUGUGCUUUGUCUGUUCACACUUGACAUCUGGUCAGAAGGAUGGAACUGAACAGAGACGUAAUGCUGAUGUAUAUGAGAUAAUAAGACGUACCCGUUUCUCAUCUAUCAUUGAUGCAGAGCAAGCACAGACAAUUCCAUCUCAUGACCAGAUAUUCUGGUUUGGAGAUCUGAAUUAUCGUCUCAAUAUGUUGGACGCCCAAAUUAGGAAGCUUGUUGCUCUGAAAAAGUGGGAUGAACUGAUCAACAAUGACCAGCUAAGCAAAGAACUUCGGAGUGGGCAUGUAUUUGAUGGAUGGAAAGAGGGAGUGAUAGACUUUCCUCCCACUUACAAGUAUGAGAAAAACUCUGAUAGAUAUGUCGGUGAGAACCCUAAGGAAGGAGAGAAGAAGAGAUCUCCAGCGUGGUGUGAUCGAAUUCUCUGGUUAGGGAAAGGAAUAAAACAACAUUCGUACAAGCCUACAGAAAUAAGGCUCUCAGAUCACCGCCCUGUUAGCUCCGUAUUCGCGGUUGAAGUUGAAGUAUUAGAUAAUCGGAAGUUGCAAAAGGCACUCAAUGUCAACAGUUCAGCUGUACAUCCUGAGAUUUUCCUUGAUGAAGAUGGGGACAUAUAACCUUAAGCUAACACCAGGUCAUUUUAACAAAGUUGAAAGAUUGGCGUCUUUUUUUGACAAACGGGGGGUAUGUCGAUGCUGCACUUCUACUCCAGUAAUGACCAUGCUCAGCAUGCAAGGGAUGUGUGGAGUUUGCUCUUGGUUUUCCAGGAAAAAUGCAAGAACAGGAAGUAGUUUGUGUGAGUGUUUUGAGUCAAUAUAUACAGAAACAAAAUCUAACCCAGUAUGAUAGAAUAGACACAGAAUUGUUUGUGUUGGUGGAUUGAUGUAUAGAGCUCAAUCAAUAGAUUUAUGCUUUCUAUGAACCUUGAACAAUAGUGAGACCCCCAUGGUUAACUUGAGUUUUGUUCUUUGGUUUCCUUGCCUUGCAAGUCUAUGAUAAACGUUGUUACCGUCUA